AUAGGGGGAAGUUGUUUGGAGCUUCGGGGCGUUUGGCGUUAUUGUGCAGGUUCGGUUUUCAUAUUCAUUGGGGACGAACACCAUACCUUUCUUCUGAACAUAAUCAUCAAGCACCAUUCCCUAUCGAUCGAUUCGCCUCACUGCCAUUGAUAAAGAUCCCGUCUUCUCUUCCGUCCAAUCCACUUCUCAGCUUCUUCCCUGCUGAAAAUCUUCCCUAAAUCCUUUCAGCGCUCUUUCUUUUUCAGUCUUUUCAGGUUUUCUCGUUGAUCAUGAACUAUGAAGCCUCCGACAGUAGCGGUAAGUUGGAAUUAUUUGGGUUUUGUUGUGUGGGAUUGUAUAGUUCUUUCGAAUGUAAUUUGGGGUUUUUUGUUCUUUGAGCCCGGUGGGCUCUUUAAUUGAGGAAUUGAAUUUUAUCUCGAGUACAAGUGCCUGAUUAGGUGGUUACUUUGACGAGGGCUGGAAAAUAGGUUUUCAGUUUUUUUUGGUGUUUUAUCGGAAAAUUGGGGUUUGAGGUCACUUGGGGCAUCCAUAGAAUGAAGGUUUAAUUGCGUUAAGUCCUUUGUUUCUAUGAGUUCUGGGAUUCUUUUUUGCGUUAUUUAGGUUUAAUUUUUGCAUUUAUUCGCGAAUUCUUUAAGCGAAAGGACCAGAAAGGGAGAUUUUAGGGCAUUGUGCUCGAUCGUGUUGGAUAACUUUUCUUGCUUGAUUGGCAAGCCAAGGUGGUCUCUUUGGUUCGUUUUUCUCGAGGGCAUAGUGAGGCAGGCUUGAACGAAAAGGAAUUGUUGGACCUUCACGCGGAGAAGUUAUUCCAUUUGGAACUGUGAAUGUAAUUCCGUAAGGUUAAAUUGUUCAUCAUUAAGGCAGUUUAUAGGAGCCCAGAGGAUGUUAUCAGAAUAUCACCACUUUAAUGGGGAAAAUGAUGAGUUAUUCUAGGUGUAACAUCCUUUAAAAUCAUGUAUCCUGUAUAUGAAAUAACUGCAGGUACUGAUGAUGAUCUUCCACCAUCACAUCGUAACAGAGUUUCUAGAGGAGGACACAUUUCUGGAAAGGGGAGGUCUGUUUUGAGUUCUUUUCCAUACCCUAGAGUACGCAAUAUGGAGGCCCAGAUUCAUCAUCUCGAACAAGAAGCUUACUGUUCAGUACUGCGUGCAUUUAAAGCCCAAGCAGAUGCCAUUACCUGGGAUAAAGAAAGCUUGAUAACAGAGCUUAGGAAAGAAUUGAGAGUAUCAGACGACGAACACAGGGAAUUGCUUGCGAGGGUUAAUUCUGAUGAUAUAAUUCGUGAGAUUAGGGAGUGGAGACAGGCAGGUGGGAACCUAAAUGUGAGACGCAGUUCGUCCCAGCCAAUCCAUGAUGUUGUUCCCAGUCCAACGGUUUCAGCAUCCCGUAAGAAGCAGAAAACAAGUCAACUGCACUCUUCUUCAGUUCCUGCUGGAAGCAGACAGUUAAAUAAUCAUAAUUCUUCUGGAGCCCUUCUGGCAAAUGAAUCUGCUGAAGCUCCACCGUAUGACACUUUAAUUGGAAGGAAAGUAUGGACCAGGUGGCCUGAGUACAACAGCUUCUAUGAGGCUCUCAUAAAAGACUAUGAUCCUGUUAAGGGUCAGCAUGCCUUGGUUUAUGAUAUAAAUACAACACGGGAGACAUGGGAAUGGGUCGAUAUUAAAGAGAUCCCACCCGAGGAUAUUCGAUGGGAUAGUGAGGAUCCAGGAAUGUCUCAUCGAGGAGGCCAUGGUGGACAAAGCCGUGUUUAUCGAAGAUCCCAAAGUUUGGGUGGUUUUGCUCCUGGUUCUGGCAGAGGGAGAGGACAGUCAAAAAACCAACCCAGAAAGGAACUUUCUCCAUCUCAAAAUGGUGUUGGAAAGAAAGUGUUUGACGAUAUAGAAUUACUUAAUACAGAAGCAUUGGUAAAGGAGGUAGAGAAAGUUUUCAAUUCAAGUAAUCCUGACCCCGAGGAGCUUGAAAAGGCGAAGAAAAUGCUUAAAGAUCACGAGCAGGCUCUUGUGGAUGCAAUUUCUAGACUAACUUGUGCAUCUGAUGGUGAAAGUGAAGGGGCGCAGCCAAAUGUUCAUGGCCAAUUAGUUGAAAAAAGCAACGAUACUUGAGCUACCAAGUGCAAGUGGCAGUGCCAGUGCCAUACCAACAGCAUCACAUUUCCAAAUCUGAAUAUUGAAAUGUCUACCAUUACUGAGUUGUACCAAAAGUUAUUAUGUUAGUGGAUCAAAUUCUUUUGUUUUUUUUUUCCCCUUUAAUGGGUUUUUUCUUCCAGGUAGGAGGGAGAGUUUGCCUUUCUUAUGAAUAUCUAUGGCACUAUAUGAAUAGUAGACAACAUUGUGAAAAUUUAGCCCUCUGUAGCUUCUAAUUGCACUAUGGCUUCAAUUCCAGCUUCAUCAAACUCU